CCGUCUCUGCGAUCCAGCGCUCCCUCACCGGCUUCACUCCUUCUCCUCUCACUGAUCGUCCCUCUCGGUGUUUCAGCGGAGGGGCUACACGCGCUAUUGCGCUAUUGAUACCCACUUUACAGUGUGUUUGUGGAAAGUCAGCCUCUCUCUCUGUCUCUCUCUCCCUCGCUCUACCCGUCCUCCUCUCUGGCUUGGCUUUGGUAAACUAACAGGGAGGUGUUAACUACUUUUGCUUCCCCAAAGCGCCUCCCGUUAUCUCCGGCGCUGCUGCGCGACAGCCAGAGGGGCCAGUACUACUGAAUUCCUACUCCGCAGAAAAGUUUUCGUUUUGUUGUGAGGAUAAAAAAAAGGGAGCCGGAAACCGAGGAGUCGCCUGCAUUAGAAGCGGAUUGUUCCACGGCGAGGUGAGGAGUUUCUCCUUUGAUGUUGGCUGGUAGUCAACGCAGCUUUGAAGCUCGUCUAGAGCGGGCCGGGCCUCUACUUGACGCUGUUUUGGUGACCACCUGAAGAUGAGGAACCAGCUUUGACGAACUACAGAUGUCCACCUUCCCCGGACCAUUCAGCUGCAACGACGCGUCCAGUAAACACAAACAAGGGACGAUUAUUACACGGGAGGAAACACUUCAUCUAGACCGUUUAUUUUAUUUAUCAUUCAGACUAAAUUGGUCCUAAGUGUGACUUGGCUGAUCAUACUCAACAGCUUAUAUGGCAUGGAAUUAUCUGAAAUGAAGUGAGCUCCAGAGAAUUUGUCUGAAGACACAUUAAAUUACUCUAGUUCCACUGAAGAGAAAUGAACUGAAUUCGAGCUAAUCUGAAGUGACGCUGGCUGACACUUUUUAUUUCAUUCAAAAUACUCUUUUCUUACAAAGGGAUCUUGUCUGCGCCCCUUCCUUCAAAAAGGCCAAACUUUUGAGUCUCCAACCCAGAUUCCUUCAUUUCCUCAGACCCUUACGGAGGGUCUUGGGCAUUCUCUGCAAGCUCUCUGAGGAGGAAUCAUCUCCUCCUCCUCCUUCUCUUUGAUUCUGCAAAGAUAAGUUGUCCAUUCAGACAUGGACCUCCACCGGGCAGCCUUCAAGAUGGAGAGCUCCUCCUACUUGCCCAAUCCCUUGGCCUCCCCAGCCCUCAUGGUCCUGGCCUCCACAGCUGAAGCUUCUCGGGAUGCCUCUAUUCCUUGCCAGCAGCCACGUCCAUUUGGCGUCCCAGUUUCUGUUGAGAAAGACGUUCAUUUGCCAUUUAACAAUGGCUCUUACACAUUUGCGUCAAUGUACCACCGCCAAGGUGCAGUCCCACCAGGAUUCCCCAACAGGGACUUUCCUCCGUCCCUUCUUCACCUCCAUCAUCAGUUUGCCCCGCCUAACCUGGACUGCUCGCCCAUCAGCAUGCUGAAUCACAGUGGCGUUGGCGCCUUCAGGCCUUUUGCCUCACCUCCAGAAGAUCGUGACGGAGCACCAGGCGGGUAUCAGUCGGCGUUCACCCCAGCCAAGCGUCUCAAAGGCUGCCUGGACCCAGAUGCUUCACCUCACCUGCGUUACUCCGAUGCUGAGGGGAAAGAGUAUGACUUUGGCGGCUCUCAAAUACCUCCUGGAGGCUCACCCAGCAGCGCCUUGAAAGCAGUGGAGGACAGCGGGAAAAAGAUCUUCGCCGUGUCAGGCCUCCUGUCUGAUCGAGAGACUUCAUCCAGCCCUGAGGACCGCAUCGAGCGCUGUAAGUCCGACUAUCUGUCUUUUUUUGGUAAAAAGAAGAUGUCCCUGUACGACAGCCAGGCUCCGGUCUGUCCCAUCUGCCAGGUGCUGCUCAGGCCCGGAGAGCUCCAGGAGCACAUGGAGACAGAGAUAGAGAGGCUAGCGAACAUUUGCCUGAGUAAGAAUCCCUCAGCCAAGGAUGGAGUAGCCACUCCGGGAACACCCAAGGUGAGAUCACCUUUCAAUGCAUCGAUGCUGUUGUCGGUGCACAUUAAGCGCGAGGGAGAGUCUCCUGUGGUCUCGCCCCUGUCUUCUGAGGAUGCCCACCACUCGGACAGAUACCAGACAUUUUUACGAGUUCGAGCAAACAGACAAACGAGAUUGAAUGGCUCUGCUUGUCCAGCCCGUAUAGGGAAGAUGAAGAGGAGGAAGCCUGAGGAGGGGGGCCAGGUAUGUCCGCUGUGCAGCACCCCAUUGGCUGGGAGCGAGGAGGAGAUGAGUAGACAUGUGGAACAAUGCCUGAUCCAGCGUGAGGGAGCGUUAGGCGACGAUGACUCUGCAGACAUGGAUGGAGAGAAUGGGCGGGGCUUUGAGGAGUAUGAGUGGGCGGGGCAGAAGAGGAUCAGAGCUACGGCUUUACUGGAGGGAGGCUUCAGAGCAACAGGUUUCGCCACGUGUAGUAUUAAGGAGAGCGCGGCAGACAGCGAUGCCGAUCUCGACGUGGACGGAGACGACACCUUGGAGUACGGCAAAGCCCAGUACACCGAGGCCGACAUCAUCCCCUGCUCUGGUGCUGGAGAAGACCAGGGAGAAGCCAGGGAGAGGGAGGCGCUACGGGGAGCUGUGCUCAACGGCGGGAUGCCUUCUAAUAGAAUAACGCCUGAAUUCUCCAAAUGGGCCAACGAUGAAAUGCCUUCAACGAGCAACGGAGAGGGCAGCAAGACGGACCCCAGCACUCCCUCAUCUUCCUCUUCUUCAUCCUGCGUCCCACGCACCUGUAAAAACAGCGAGAUCGAAAAGGUAACAGAGGAGGAGUCCACAGCUACUACUAUGGAGGCUCUUAAGGCUCGGAUCAGAGAGCUUGAGAGGCAGAUACUGCGAGGAGACAGAUACAAGUGUCUCAUCUGCAUGAGAAAGCCUGCUAUCCAGUCAGGUGCGGAGAUCAAGAGCAUAGGGGCGUGGCCAGGGCCCCGGCCACUGGCCAAUGAGGUCGGAGAGAGGCAGCCUAAGUCCCUCCCCCUCGGCCUGUACUGCCUGUACAGGAGCCUUGUGAUUGGUGGCUACGGCAGCGGCAUAAAGAGGCUCCUCCCACAGCCCCUACGGAGGGACUCCUACACGAUGCCACUGACUUCCAUCCAGUGCUGGCACGUCCAUUGUGAAGAAUGCUGGCUCAGGACCCUGGGGAACAAGAAGCUGUGCCCGCAGUGCAACACCAUCACCUCACCUGGAGACCUGAGGCGUGUCUACUUGUAAAGAGCACAACCCCUGCCUCUUCUUCCUUCCAGUCCAUUCCUCCAUCUUGGAUUUCAUCUCCCUCCCCCCGUCGCUCGCCUUUUUUCUCCAUCUCGUGGCCUGGGUCCGCAACUGCCAAGCCUCCAAGAGCAUUCAUGGACGAGACUGCUGUCUUUGAGACGCCGCUGGCUCUUUGAGGAGGGUGAAGCUAAGCUUGAACAAAUGACUGUCACUGACUCUCUGGCUGGCUGUUUCAUCAUGCACUCACACAAAAAAAGAAGAAAACAUCCAGACUUGCCAUCCCCGCGGUCAGCAGGCCUGUUUCCCUUUCCUCAGUGACAUGCCUCCUUCUACACGUAACAUGAGGAUAUCUUCCACUGGAGGACUUGUAGUCAGUGGAGACCAAAAACACCCAGCUAAGCCCUGCUGAGACCUGGUAGCUUCACGCUGCUGGAGGUGAACUUGACUUCUAGUAAAAAUAUAAAAGCUUCGUUUUUCCCCUGCUAGCUCUUCUAAGACAUUUCAGUGGUGCUGGACGGCAGGCUUUACACAGAUGACUUUAAAGAGAAAGCUUCUUUAGUUUUGUUUUGUUUGUUUCCUCUCUACAUGCAACUGUUGCUUAAGAGAAUUUAAAGGAAGGGCCUGUCCACUAAAACCGAGCUUUCAACCAAACUGAGAAUAACCUCACAGCUACGACGAGGAGUUUGACAGUCGCCCUCUUCCACCACUUCUUCUUCACGAGCUCUGCCCUCCCCUGUUUCCCUCUUUUGUGGUGUUCUAGUGAAGUAAACCAAAAUUUCUCCCCCUCCAAGAUGCAGUGCAAGCACAUGUAAUAUAGUUCUAUGUAUGUUUACAAUGUUGGGUGUAAAUGACAUAGGGUUCACACACACACAUACAUACACAAACAUAAGCAGACACACACAGAAGUAUAUAAUAGCAAAGUCCUGUUUUUAGUUGGAAGGGUUUGAGAAUGAUGUUUGGGUGAAAAAAAUGGCUAGAAUAAAAGAAGCCUUCUGUAUUUUUAAAAAAAUAAUAAUAAACAAACAUUUCAAGAUCCAAUGAAAUUUUAUUUGACUGUACAGGAAUUUAAAAAAAAAGAGUGAAGUAAUAAUAAACUACUCAAGUCUAGAUGGUCAAGAUUUAGGUGGUGUAAUUUUUCAGCAGAGUACCCUGAAAAACUGUAGAUCUGAACAUGAAGCAAGGACAGGUGUUAGUUUUCUUGAGGAGAUUCCUGUUGGCCAAGAUUUCCUGCAAAUAAGCAGAACGACGGAACUGCGCUUUAGUUGAAAUGUUGUCCAGCUGAGCCUCUUCUUUUAGCCACCAUCUCUGCUUCUGUCAGUUGAAGUAACAACAUGCUCGGAUCAUAGUCUAGACACUUCCUUGUUUUACCCCUACGUGUCUCAAAAGAAAGCGUUUUUCCAUUGUUUUCAUAUUGCUAUGCUGAAAAAAAAAAAAAAAUGUCCCAAAAUGGCAACUCCAAAGGUCAGGCUCUUUCUAAGCUAUAACGGAUGAGGGAAGUCUGGAAAAGAUGGAUGCCCAAGGCUGAACUGGCAACCUCCAGAACGCGCAGCAUUUCCCUAUUCCCUUUACAGCAGCAGCAUUGGCAGCCAAGGUGGUGGUGUGCUUUGUGUUUGUAAAACUAUGUAUUCUGUGAUGUCUGUAUUGUUGUAAGAAAUACUGAAAAAAAAAAAGAAAAAAUAAAACUUCUCAAAUAUCA